CGAGUUCAGACUCACUGAGGUGGAACGUCACGUCAGUUCUGUCUGCCGCCGCUGCUCGGGCUGCUCGAAGAUGACGCGGCGUCGCGGCCGGAGUUGGACCGGAGACUCAUUCUCCGACAGAAAAAGCAUCAUUUCGGAGGUGUUUUGUUUGUGUCUGAGUCUGCUCUUCCCCUCGGUGGCGGAGGCUGGACUGUACACCUCGUCUGACCAAAUCGUGCUGCUCACCCCAGCGAAUAUCCGCCCGCUGCUGGUCAACUCGUCCGCUGCGACGGUGGUGGAGUUUUAUGCCUCUUGGUGCGGACACUGCGUCGCCUUUUCACCUAUCUACAAGAGCCUGGCCAGAGACAUCCGCGAGUGGAAGCCAGCUGUGGACCUGGCAGCAUUUGAUUGUGGCUCCGAAAAUAACUACAAAGAUUGCACCAGUUACGGUGUCAAGGGAUAUCCAACUCUGAAGUUCUUUCAUGCAUACUCCAAUGCCAACUCCACUGGGCAGGGGUUCCAAGGGUUCCCCCGAGAUGUCAGAGGCCUGCGGCACAGAAUCAUAGACGCUCUUGAAUCCCAUCAAGAGCAUUGGCCCCCGGCCUGCCCCCCACUGGAGCCCACGAGCCAAGCCGAAAUUGACAGUUUCUUCGAGACGAACAAGGUUCGACACCUCGCUUUGAUAUUUGAGGAUUCCAAAUCUUACGUGGGACGAGAGGUGAUUUUGGACUUGUUACAAUUUGAGAACAUUGCCGUUCGAAGAGUCCUGAAAACUGAAGUGGACCUGGUCACCAAACUGGGUGUGACAGAGUUCCCGUCAUGUUACCUUUAUUAUCCUGGCGGUAACUUUAGCAGACUCAUUGUCAACAUUGAGGCUAGAAUGUUCUACACCUACAACCUCCAAAGACUGUCCGGGGUUGUCCGAUCAGGGAAGCCUGCUGAUACCGUAAUUGAUGUCAUCGUGAACGGCACAACAGAAAAAUGGAGGCCCUUCAACAGGACCAGGGUUUACAUGGCCGACCUGGAGUCCACUCUGCACUACUCCCUCCGUGUGGAACUUGCUGCUCAUGCCGUUGUCACAGGGGAUGCUCUGACUGCACUCAAGCAGUACAUCUCUGUUCUCGCCAAGUACUUUCCGGGCCGUCCUGUUGUGGUGAACCUGCUGAAGUCAGUCAAUCUCUGGCUGCAGAACCAGACAGGCGACGAGGUUUCCUAUGAAGCUUUUCGGAAGCUUCUGGAUAACACUGCUCAGACUUCUGAUGCGGCUUUGCCUGAAGGAGUGAGGUGGGUGGCGUGCCAGGGAACGAGACACCACACCAGGCGGUACCCAUGUGGCAUGUGGACUCUCUUCCACGUCCUCACUGUCCAGGCCAAGAACGCAGGGGCUUCAGCUCCUCAGGAGGUGCUCGGUGCUUUCCGGAGCUACAUUGGCAAGUUCUUUGGCUGCCGGCAGUGCGCUGAACACUUUGAAAACAUGGCCAAGGAGAGCCUGGCCGGUGUCAACACCAUGUCUGAAGCUGUGCUGUGGCUGUGGGAGAGACACAAUCAAGUCAACAACAGAGUGGCAGGCGAACUGAGUGAGGAUCCCAGCUUCCCAAAGAUCCAGUGGCCUUCACCUCAAAUGUGUCCAGCCUGCCACUCAGUCAGAAGUUCAGGAGAGCAUAAGUGGAAGCGAGACCAGGUUUUCCCGUUCCUCAUGUCUUACUACUCCUCCACAACCAUCGCCUCAGACUACCUGGAUGAGGAGAGUCAUGUCCUGGAGAAGAUAAGAGCAAAACUUGCAAGUGAGGCGCGAGCAGAGGAGGAUAUGAAGUCGAGACGGAUCGGCAGACACGCUGUGGACUUUCCUGCCUCGCCACAACCAUCGCUCCAAGAAGAAGCUGAGGAAGAAGAGGAACAGGAGCAACACGAUGAAGAAGACGACGUUGGGGAAACUCUGCAGGCUUCUGAGGCACCUGUAGCCCCUGCGCUAGUCCAAGCUCCACCGCACAAGAAGCCCGUCAUUGUCGGGCUGAAGAUGCGAAACCCUCCGGAGGACAUUGUGGAUCUGGACUCAUUUGUUAACCAGCACUACAAAGCUAAAGCUUUGCAGAUGGCUGCUGCUAGCCGAGUGAAACAGCGCACUCUUCAGAAGAACGAGGAGCAGGAUCCCGGCACCUUGCUUGGCCUCGGCCUGGACGCCAGGAUAGGGAUGGUGGAUCUGCAGCCCAUGGAGCCAGAGGUGAACGAGCGGCUCAAGAGGCGGCAGAAACGAGAGCUUGCCUUCCAGAACUUCAGAGAGGACGCGGAGAUGAACAGCAGAGGACGCUGGAUGUCCAUGCUCAACGUUGGAUUCUCUAAAAUCGACAUCAGUCUGUGUGUCAUCCUCUACUUCCUGUCCUCCACCUGUCUCCUGGCCAUGUACCUGUUCUUUAAAACCCGACUCCGGAUACGUCGAGCCAAAGUGUUGAUGCCUUGAAAUUAUUUGUGUAAAUUCCAGUCAGUGUUCACUGAAGCGAAAGGUCAGUGCAAGUGUUCGACCAAUCGACUGUUACCUGCAAGCACCUGCUGCAGCCCGUGAUGAAGGAAGCCAAAGAUCCACUUAAAAAAAAAAAAGUCAAACACUUUCGAAGACACGAGUUUCACCUGUUGCACUCAGACUGUGGGUCCAUUUGAUUCUGUUUUGCUUUGUAAGAAGCGUUAAUUCUAUUUUGUAAAUUAAAGUUUUGAUUCCUUUGUUUUCUACUGCUAUUUUUGAUCCAAAAACUUGACUCAAAUGAUUUUGUGUUCGCUGCUGUAUUUUGAAAGGAUCGAAUGAAUCAUUGACGAUCGCAGACUAACAAGAUCACCAAUGACCAAUCGCAGUGGCUUUUGACAAUCGUACCUAAAGCUUCAGUUCAGGUAGUUGUUUAUCGGAAUCUGAGUGACAGCUGCUGGCCAUAACGGUCCAUUUACGGAAGGACGCAUAUGUUCAUGCUGGACUGGGACUUAGAAUAAGCAGGAUUUGUUUUUGGCUGAUGUGAAGAUUGCUGCUUAUAUGCUGAAAACAAGACUGUUUACUUUGCUUCUGCGAGAGUCAAUAAACUGUUGUGAAUAAUAUUUUUCUUUGCUUUUGU